GGCCAGGUGGAUCAAUUGGAAGGUUGACUUGUUUUGCUUGAUCAUGUUACUGGUUUUCAUGCUACCUUAUUAUCAUUGUUAUUUGAUGCUUUGCAACAAUGGAUAAAGAACUGGAAGAUCUGAAGCGAGUUGAAAGGAGAACUGAAAUUCUGAAAACUUCUCUUGCCAUUUAUUUGAGGGAGUGACAUGAAAAAGUGGGACUUCAUUGGCUGAAUAUCUGGUCUAGGACAAAGUCAGUUGUUGGAGCUGAUAGAUUAGAAAACUUUUCUCGGCUUUGCUGCUGGACUUGCUGAAUCCUUGAUGCUGCCAUGACCUUUUUCAUAUGUUCUGAUACAACAAAAGCAUUCUCUUUGUCUGAAACAAAGCCUUCCACAGACUUAGUUUUUGGAAUUUCCAUCACCAGGAAUAAUGUAGUCAACAAAGAGUUCAAGGAAAUCUAGAUUAAAGAUUUUCGUAAUCUUCAACUAGGCAUUGUUAAUUUAGAAUCAAUAGCCAAAACUUUAGGAUUAUCAGCUUUGACAAGAGGAGCAUUAACCAGAUUCCUGCUUUCUAUCCUUUCUGGGUGUUGGAUAAUUGGACUGCAAAUGGCAUCACGACCUGAUUUUGUUCUACAAAAUUGCAAAACUGCCAACUUGGUGUAGAAGGUUCCCAGACAUUUUGGGUUGGAUAUAGUGGAGUAAACCUUGACACAUACCCUUCCUCUGAUGUGCUGCUUUCGGCAAGACCAUACAACUCUCCAAACAGCUUUUGAUGACAACAAGAGGCAAAAUACUACAAGAGUUUGAGAAAGGAACGGGCUGCACUUGGUGCAAUCUUAUUCUUGUUUGCUUUCCUCUAUGCUUUUUGGCGCAUGGGCAUCCACUUUCCUAUGCCUUCACCUGAUAAAGGUUUCUUCACCAUGCCUCAGCUGGUGAGUAGAAUUGGGGUAAUUGGUGUCACUGUUAUGGCUGUCCUUUCUGGUUUUGGAGCUGUAAACUUGCCAUACAGUUAUUUGUCUCUCUUCAUUAGAGAGAUUGAGGAAUCAGAGAUUAAGGCUCUGGAAAGACAACUUAUGCAGUCAAUUGAGACUUGCAUUGCAAAGAAAAAGAAGAUUAUUCUCUGUCAAAUGGAGAUGGAAAGAAUACAAGGGUCAGAAGAGAAAUUAAAGGCUAGAUCCAUCCUAAAGAGAAUUGUGGGAACAGUUGUUCGAUCAGUUCAAGAAGACCAAACAGAACAAGAUAUCAAAGGCAUGGAAGCAGAAGUACAAGCCCUGGAAGAGCUCUCAAAACAGCUGUUUUUGGAAAUCUAUGAGCUUCGUCAAGCUAAGGAGGCUGCUGCUUAUUCUCGAACAUGGAAGGGUCACAUGCAGAACCUUUUGGGCUAUGCAUUGUCGGUGUAUUGUGUGUAUAAAAUGAUAAAGUCCUUGCAAAGUGUUGUCUUCAAGGAGGCUGGUUCGAUUGAUCCUGUGACCUUGACAAUCAGCAUAUUUCUACAGUAUUUUGAUAUAGGUAUCAAUGCCACAUUAUUAUCUCAGUACAUAUCGUUAUUGUUCAUAGGAAUGUUGAUCGUAAUAUCAGUACGGGGAUUCCUAACUAACUUGAUGAAGUUCUUCUUUGCGGUUUCUAGAGUUGGGAGUGGAUCAUCAAGCAAUGUUGUACUCUUCCUAUCAGAAAUUAUGGGAAUGUAUUUUGUGUCUUCAAUUCUUUUGAUAAGAAAAAGCCUUGCAACUGAAUACAGGACAAUUAUUACCGACAUUUUGGGUGGUGACAUUCAAUUUGACUUUUACCACCGGUGGUUCGAUGCUAUAUUUGUGGCCAGCGCAUUCCUUUCAUUGCUUCUGCUUUCAGCUCAUUAUACAUCUCGUCAGGCUGAUAAGCACCCAAUUGAUUAACGUGCUUCAUAGUCUUCUGCAGCUUUUGUGUGGCCGAAUCACGAACUCUUGACAAUAUUUGUACUAGUGGUGCUGUAUUUCCCUAUUUUCAGAACGGUGCUAUUUUCAUUGAAAUAUGUGUGGCUUGCGUUUGAAACUCGGUACUUCCUGAGGCUGCAUAUCCAACUCCAUGAACUGGUAUUUUAUUUUAUUUCAGAUUAAUGUAAUUAGAAGAAUAUACGGCUAUCAACUGCACAUACAGAAAAUAUGUAAAAUAUGCAUUUGUCCAAAAGCAACAAACGUUUUAGUAAGUCUUAAAAGGGAAAACAAUCCAGAGGGUUUGGAGGUGAAAGAAAA